CGGAGGAAGCAGCGCCAGCGCCGCGAUGGAGCCGGGCGCGCGGGAGCCCCUCGUGAGGAAAGCGGGCUCCACGUACCGGACCUUCCCCGGCGGUGCUGCCCGGAGGCUCGACAAGGAGUAUCUCGAGAGCCUCCGGAACAAGCGGCUCUACCUGGCCGUGUUUGCCGCUGUCUUGGGGAACUUCAACUUCGGUUUCGCCCUGGUUUACCCGUCUCCCGUGAUCCCCGUCCUAGAGGCGUAUCCCGUCCCUGCCCUGAAGCUGGACCCGUAUAAAGCAUCGUGGUUCGGGUCGGUGUUCACGCUGGGGGCGGCCGGGGGAGGACUCAGCGCCAUGGUCCUCAACGACCGCCUGGGCCGCAAGCUCAGCAUCAUGUUCUCGGCCGUGCCCUCCGCCGUGGGAUACGCCCUGAUGGGCAGCGCCCAGGGCGUCUGGAUGCUGCUGCUGGGGCGAGUGCUCACGGGCUACGCCGGCGGCGUGACGUCCGCCUCCAUCCCGGUCUACAUCUCGGAGAUCUCCCACCCCGGCGUGAGAGGCAUGCUGGGCGCCUGUCCGCAGAUCAUGGCCGUGCUGGGCUCCCUCAUCCUGUACGCGCUGGGUCUGGGCCUGGACUGGCGCUGGCUGGCUGUCGCCGGGGAAGUGCCGGUGCUCGCGAUGAUCGUCCUGCUCUGCUUCAUGCCCAACUCGCCCCGGUUUCUGCUCUCCCAGGGGAAGGAAGACGAAGCCCUGAGGUCGCUGUGCUGGCUCCGGGGCAAGGACACCGACUAUGCCCGGGAGUACGAGCAGAUUAAGGACAGCGUGAGGAAGCAGAGCAGGCGGAUUUCCUGUGCAGAGAUCAAGGACCCCUUCAUUUACAAGCCCAUCAUGAUCGCAGUGGUGAUGAGGUUCCUGCAGCAGCUCUCUGGAGUCACCUGUGUCCUCGUGUACCUGCAGUCAAUAUUCAAGAAAACAUCUGUCAUUCUGAAACCAGAGUACGAUGCAGCUCUUGUCGGCCUGGUUCGUCUCUUCUCGGUAGUGAUUGCUGCUGUAUCGAUGGAUAAAGCCGGGAGGAAGAUUCUGCUCUUUGUAUCGGCUGGUAUCAUGCUGGCCUCAAACCUGACCAUGGGGCUCUACGUCCACUUCACGCCGCUUUCCCAUAACGGCACCGCCGCCAAUGAGACCCUGGUGAGCUCGGCCAGCCACGGUGCUGAGCCGACCAGCUACAUCACCCUCAUCCCGCUCCUGGCAACCAUGUUCUUCAUAAUGGGUUAUGCCAUGGGCUGGGGUCCCAUCACCUGGCUGCUGAUGUCGGAAAUCCUCCCUCUGAAAGCCCGCGGGGUGGCAUCCGGCCUCUGCGUCGUCGUAAGCUGGCUGACGGCCUUCAUGCUGACACGGUUCUUCCUCCCCGUCGUGGAAAACUUCGGCCUCGAGGUGCCAUUCCUAUUCUUCGCUGUCAUCUGUGCUGGGAACUUCUUAUUCACGGGCUGCUGUGUCCCAGAAACCAAAGGCAGGUCUCUGGAGCAGAUUGAGUCCUACUUCCGCACUGGCCGGAGAUCGUUCAUGAGGUAGGAGCUGCUGCCCGCCAGCCGCACCAGGCCACCAGCCCACAUGCUUAAGGGAUAGGAAAAAAUAUUUGUGCUGCUAGACAUGGAAGCUGGAGUCCUCCAUGAAGAUCAUGCUCCCUCCAAGGGGAGAGGAGGAGGCAAUGACUGCCUUGCUUUGGAUGUAGAAACCGCCAGCUGGAACUUUACCUUCUCUUCCUGAGUCGUUCAACACUAUCUAAGGACCCAUUGCUCUCUGGGCAGCAUAUCAACCUGAGGUAUAGGACCAGGUGUCCAGCACCAGACUGGAAAUAAGGUUGUCCUAGCAAUAAAAUGUGUGGCUGUGGACAAGAGCCCUUGUACUUCCUUAGCGCAGCAGCCACCAAAGCAGCCCAAGAGCCCCAGGGCUUGGCUGGAACAGAGUUAACAGCUGUAGCCACCAUCUUGGCAAAAGUUCAUCAUGUAGUUGCAAAAAUAAAAUAGUUUGCUUUCA